GCGUUUUGUGGCAGGAUUGUGUAUCUUUUUCUUCCGAGUCAAAGAUCUUUGGGGCUGGCAAUAAUGCCUAUAUUAAGGUUGUAGGCAUCUCUAGUGAUGGUAAAGCAUGAUUGGUCAGUCUCCCUCAACAUCUUGGAGGCUUAGGACCAAAGGGGAUUUCAUUCAUGCGCCGAGUCUUCUAUCAGUUCUAUGUGCUUCAAUGGUCCUCCACUACUUGGAAACUCUAAGACCUCAUCAACUGCUUGAGCAGAUGGUUUGCACUGCCUUCAAAGUAUCCUCUGACACUCUUAGUCAGACCUCUUUUGGUGGUCUAAAACAGAUGACGACCAGAAUGGAUCAGCUGUACCUGACAAUAGCAUCCAUUUUGAAGCCUUUGCAAGCAAAUGUCUUGCCUGAGAAGGUUGAGAUGAUAGAUGACCUGAGGAGAUUAUGUGUCAUCUUUGAACAUGUGGAGAAGCUUCUAAUCCUUGCAGCUUCCAUGCAUCGUAAGCUAUCUCAAGCACCACGUCUUUCAGAAGCAAGUUUCAGUGACUGUUACAGUUAUUAUAGCCCAAGAAUGGGAACAGGCAAAUUAGAGAGCAACAUUCGGAAGGAAUUCAAUACGAAGCAACAGGUGCGGAGGUAUGAGAGACACAUUGUGGAGAAUCUGUUUACACCACCUACAGCCAACCAAUCAUGGAGAAAAGUUCUAAGCAUGGGCAAUCUUCUUAAUGGCCAUGAGCCGGUUGUGAGGGAAAUCAUUUUCUUCAUACAGGAUAGCAUGAGCCAUGAUCAUUACGGGGAUCGGAGGAGCCCCCACGAAGAUAUCGAGACACAUCGGAUGUACAUAUGUGGAACAUCUAAUGAUCUCCGGGUAGCACAUUCUGUUACCUCAUGUGAUUAAUCUUUCUAGCAUUUCUUAUUGUCAUUCUAAUGUAAUUAUCUAUUGAUAGAUUUGUUUCUUAUGUUUAUUUAGUUGAAAUAAAUUGAAGAACAUUUUUGAAAGACUCAUUAUCAUUUUUGUUUAAUCGAUAUAGAUUGAAUAAAUAUAUAGAACACAAACAAAAAAAGUAAAUAUGAUGCAGAGCAAA